CCCACAUACUUAUCCAGCCGUCAGACACCCCCUCAACUCUACGCUCGCCCGAAGAGAUAAUCUCGUCCUCUCCGCCGGAAGACGCUCUACUCUUUCUGCCUUGAGUGUUAUUUUUGAACCAAAAGUUUUUUGAGCCUACAAUAACUACGCUAACGCCCUGCCGGCCGCCGCUCCAAUGGAGAGUUCAUCUCGGCUUCUCAAGACGCAGAUUCCGCCAGACUGGACAGAUAACCCAGUGAAUAUGGACAACGAUCGCUACUGGAAGCAGCCAUCCGGUGAAGGCCUGCCAAUGGCUAAAGAAUACGGGCUGAACGUGUCCAAGAUCAAGGGAAUCAUAUGCAGCUCCCAAAUUUCCGGCGAGUCCAUGUACAUGUUCGAGUAUGAGGGAAAAUACUACCUCUGGAACCAGAUUGAGCAGUCAGUCUGGCAGAUCGUCAGCCCGACGAAUCUGCAGGAUAUUUUGGUGGAGAUGGCCAAGGAAUCGGGCAGCACCAUGAAGAUGAAGGAGUUGGACCCGGCUGGAAGCUAAAGUGUUUGGGAGAGUCCGUUGCCUGCAUAACUAGUUCGCUAUGGAUAUAUUGUGCAGAUACGUAACAAACCCAUGAGUUUCCAAGCGCCUAUCGGACAGACGCUUUCCGCUCUAAUCCAGGGUUUACUCUCUGCGUCGCAUGCUGCAAUCCAUAAGCUUGUAAGC